AUGGCAGAGACCAAAGCAGUUGAUUCACAGGAUGAUUUUGUAGAAGGCCCUGUAGUGUGCCCUUCUCAUGACGACGCUCGAAGUGAACAUGUUCGGCUGUGGUAUUCGGUGCGGAGAUGGCACAAACUCGUUGGAUAUUGCGUCGCCCUCAGUUCUGCUAUACUGCUUUAUGGUUACGACUUCGUUAUCAUCGGAACAGUGUCUGCAAUGCCGGCGUUCAAACACAACUUUGGCCGCGAGCUCAACCACUCCUAUAUCAUUCCCACGGCCUGGCUUUCGCUCUGGAGUGCUGUUGGCCCUAUAGGUAUGAUGGCUGGAUCUAUCACUGUUGGACAUCUCCAGGAUCGCCGCGGCCGUCGUGCAUCGCUUGCUUUGGGCAGCAUGCUCUCGGCAGUCGCCAUCGCUCUGUGCUAUGUAUCCGAUCUUCCCGAGUCGAUAGAUUCGAGGAGGGGUGUGUUCUUGACUGGCAAAUUAUUUCAAGGCUUUGCGACAGGGAUGAUGCUCUGUGUCACGCAGACAUACAUGUCCGAGGUGUUACCUACAAUUUUGCGUGGUCCCAUCAUCGCUUGCUUCCCCAUCUUUACUCUCCUGGGCCAGCUCCUCGGCGCUGUUGUCGUCCAUGUCUGUCUUAAAUCCAAAUCAGCGGAGUCAUACCGGAUCUGCUUUGCCUCUCAGUGGGUUCUUUCCGCUUUGCCGUUAGUGGUCGCGGCGUUUUUGCCGGAAAGUCCUGCCUGGCUAAAGCGCAGGAACAAAAACGAUAAAGCGCUCAAUUCUGAACAGCGGCUCGGGAUCGCUGAAUUUGAUACACGCGUCAUAGUAGAGGACCUGCGAGCCUUCAGUGUCUUCAGAGAGCAGACACGCAAUUCCAAUAGUCCUAGUUACGUGGACUGUUUCAAAGGGACUCAUCGACGACGAACAUUCAUCAUAGCGUUCGCCAGUAUCCUGCCACAGCUAUUUGGGCUUACCCUGCUCGCGAAUGCUAGCUACUUUCUUGAGAUAGUGGGUAUGGAUGCAAACAAUAGCACUGUUUUCUUGAUUCUAGGCAUUGCCCUAGGACUUAUCUCAAAUACAGUCAGCCUGUGGACUCUAAAUUCCGUUGGCAGAAGGAUACUAACGCUGACGACACUGGGUAUCGCCGCAAUAUUAUGGCUGUCUAUGGGCAUUGCAGGAUGCUUCUCUGGGGUCGUGAUAACCUGGUAUACCGCAGUCUCAAUGAUGGCGAUCAUUGUGGUCUGUGGUGUUGGCGUUUGGCCAGCGUCUCAUGUUAUCGCAGCGGAGACUUCAUCGCUACAUCUGCGCGCCAAAGCUCAAGGUAUUGGCUGGUUUUCUUUCGCCUUGACCUCGGUGAUCUUCUCGCUCGUUCUACCGUACAUCUACAAUGCGGAUCAGGGCAAUCUUAGUGCCAAAACAGGCUUUGUGAUGGCCGGGUUCACUGUCAUGGGUUUCAUCGGCGCAUAUAUCACAAUACCUGAAACCAAAGGGCGAACUCCAAUGCAGAUUGAUCGCAUGUUUGAUCUUGAAUUGCCCGCCGGAGAAUUUAAAUACUGGCAGAGCGGUAUAGCUUCGGACCCGCAUAUGAACGAGCGAAUGACGGCACUACAUCACUAA